UGACGGAGACUCUCAGGCCGAGGCAGCUGUGUCUUGAGUUCACUUCACACUUUGGGUUCCUCAGGGAGGAGGGGCUGGAGCCCUGGCCCUUGUUAGGACAAUGAUGUUCAGGCUGCUGCUCUUGGCUCUCAACUUCUUCCCCUCGAUUCAAGUAACAGAAAACAAGAUCUUGGUGAAGCAGUCACCCAGGCUUGAGGUGUACAACAAUGAGGUCAACCUUAGCUGCAAGUACACUUACAACCUCUUCUCAAAGGAGUUCCGGGCAUCCCUUUAUAAGGGUGUGGAUAGUGCUGUGGAAGUCUGCGUUGUGAAUGGGAAUUUCUCCCAUCAGCUUCAGUUUUACUCACACACAGGGUUCAACUGUGAUGGGAAAUUGGGCAACGAAACAGUGACUUUCUAUCUCCGGAAUUUGUAUGUUAACCAAACAGAUAUUUACUUCUGCAAAAUUGAGGUUAUGUAUCCUCCUCCUUACCUAGACAAUGAGAAGAGCAAUGGAACCGUUAUCCAUGUGAAAGAGAAUAAUAUUUGUCCUGGUGUCCCAUCUCCUGAGUCUCCUAAGCCCUUUUGGACACUGGUGGUGUUUAGCGGAGUCCUGGGUAUCUAUAGCUUGCUAUCAACAAUGCUCCUUUGUUAUUUAUGGACGAAGCGUCAAAGAACCAGGCUUCUUCAGAGUGACUAUAUGAACAUGACUCCCCGGAGGCCGGGGCCCACCCGCAAACACUACCAGCCCUAUGCCCCAGCACGAGACUUUGCAGCCUACCGCCCCUGACAAGGACGCCUAUCCAGAAGCCAGCCGGCUGGCACCCCUCCACCCACACAACAUCAAUGCUCUGGAUAGGAAAGGACUGAUUUAUCAUCAGCCGGCUGUCUCAAGCCCCUGUUGGGCCACCAAUACCAAUUUUUAUUGAGAUUGUGGAUGAAAUAUCAAGAUCAUUUUGAGACUCAGUUAAAAAAAUAUCCUUUGGCAGGCUAAGUCUUGCAGGGCCAUGACCCACAUUCAAACUUAUCAUGUAUUUAUUGACUUGGUUGAAGAGUUAGAGUAGAAAAUAAAAAGUGAGUGGAUUCUGUUAGCUUUUGGAAUCUGCUUCCAGGCUGCUGGGCUGAGCCCUCUUCUCUUCUCAAUCCCCUGCACAUCUCAGUCAAGCAAAGUGUGAUAUCCAGGGCUAUUUUAAAUGGAGAAGAAAGGCUAUAAAACAUUCCCUUUUAAAGUGGGUGUUUAGCCCUGCACAGAACUCAACUCAAAGUAGAUCAAGGACUUAGGCAUUAGACCAGAGAACUUGCAUCUAAUAGAAGAAAAAGUAGGCCCAAAUCUCCAUCAUGUAGGCUUAGGAACCAACUUCCUCAACAAGACUCCUAAAGCGCAAGAAGUAAAAUCAAGAAUCAAUAAAUGGGACGGUAUCAAACUAAAAAGCUUCUUCACAGCAAAGGAAAUAAUCAAGAAUGUAAAGAGAGAGCCUUCGGAAAAUCUUUGCCACCUGCACCUCAGAUAGAGCAUUAAUCUCCAGGAUAUACAAAGAAUCAAAAAACUUAACACCAACCCCCCCCCCCCCAAUAACCCAAUCAAUAAUUGGGAACUGAAUAGGUACUUCAUUGAAGAAGAAAUAUGAACAGUAAACAAAUAUAUGGAAACAUGUUCAACAUCUCUAGCAACUAGAGAAAUGCAAAUUAAAGCUACACUGAGAUUCCAUUUCACUCCAGUUAGAAUAGCAAUUAUCCAAAAUACAAGUAAUGAUAAAUGUUAGCGAGAAUGUGGGGAAAAAGGUUCACUCAUACAUUGUUGAUGGGACUGCAAAUUGGUGCAACCACUCUGGAAAGCAGUAUGGAGAUUCCUCAUAAAACUUGGAAUGGAACCACCAUUUGACUCAGUUAUCCCACUCCUCAGUUUAUACCUAAAGGACUCAAAAUCAACAUACUACAGUGAUGCAGCCACAUCAAUGUUUAUAGCAGUUCAAUUCACAAUAGCCAAGCUAUGGAACCAAACUAGGUACCCUACAACAGAUGAUGAAUGAAUAAAGAAAAUGUGGCAUGUGUGUGUGUGUGUGUGGGUAUAUGUAUAUAUACCCACACACACACAAUGAAAAAAUAACUCAGCCAUAAAGAAUAAUGAAAUUAUAGCAUUUGCUGAUAAAUGGAUGGAACUGGAGAAUAUCAUGCUAGGUAAAGUAAGCCAAUCCCAAAAAACUGAAGGUGGAGUGUUCUCUCUGAUAUGUGGAUGCUAACACGUAAUAAGGGAUGGGGACAGAGGAAGAGAAGUUCAUUGGAUCAGACAAAGGAGAAUAAAGAGGGAGAAGGGAUGGGAAUAGGAAAGAUGGCAGAAUGAAUUGGACAUAAAUUUUCUAUGUUGGUAUAUGAAUAUAUGACCAGUGAAACUCCACAUCAUGUACAACUGCAAGAAUGGCAUCCUAAUUGGAAUAAGUUAUACUCCAUGUAUGUAUGAUAUGUCAAAAUACACUCUACUUUCAUGUAUAUCUAAAAAGAAUAAAUAUAUGUAUGUGUAUAUAUAUAUAUAUAUGUAAAUAAAAUAAAAUGGGUGUUUAGGGUGGAUAUAGGUUAGUGUCUCCCACUCAUGAAAUGAGCCACUUAGUUUCUAUUUAAUACUUGUUUUCUUCUUAGUUUAGAAAGAUGUGGACAUUGUCUUUGACAAAGUUUGAGCAUUUUUAAUCAUUUUGACCAACAAAAUUCCCUUAAAACAGCUCCAGGACUUGCUUUCUCAUUCCUUCUAAUGGAAUUCAGUGUUAGCCUCCACAGCCUGAUUUCAAAAGAAUAAAAUAGCAUAACUAAUUUUCCCUAUCCAGUAGAAUGUGUCAGGAAAUAAGGUCACUUGAUUUCAAAAGUAUGUGAAUACUAUGAAGGAUUAUUUGUUUAGUGGCUCAUUCCAGUCAACCCCUAUAUGUUUCAGCUUUGCACAUUGGGUCACUUUAUUAUCUGCAGGGAUAUCUGAAAUAUAAUAGUGACAGAGAAUUCACAGAAGAAGUUAUGAUACUGUGAAAAAGGAAUUGAGCAUUCAGUAUGUAUGAGGGCUGAGUUCCAAGGACUUCUUUUGAAGAAGGCAAAAUAAAAGGGAAUGAAACAGUUCUUGCCUUGUGCUAAGGGGGCUGACAUUGGGUAGAAUUUUUCCUGAAUGCAUCAGACAGAAAGAGCACUGGUGGGAGCUCCUCUCCAGGGACUUUGCGUGCAUUAGGGCUCAGAGCUGCAAAACUCUGUGGGCUCAGCUACCUGUGUACCCUGGAGGUACAUUUGAGGUACCCUUGACUUGGAAGACUAUUUUGAAGUAUGACUUUUGAGAGAACACCAAAGUUCUCAAGAGACUUUGCAAGGCUUAACCCUGGAAUGACCAUGGAUAUUUUUCUGCCUUCAUUUGAGUCAACUGAAAUAUGUCUGAGACCCUGAAGAAUGUCUCUACUGUCACCUUUACAAUUUCUCCAGCUCUUUGGUUUAGUUGGUUGUUAGGGGAACCUAGGUUUUAGAGGCAGAUAGACCUGGUUCAAAUCCUAUUACUAGUUAGACAUUCUUAGGCAAGCCAUUGCUCAUCUAAGUCUGUAGUUCUUCAACUAUUAAGUGGACACAAUAAUCACAAAUUUCUGUUCCCAUAUUAUAAUCUCCAUGAGGCUUGUCCAAAUUUGACUUUGUUUUAACUGUUCUUGGUAUUUGUAUCAUGCCCGAUAAACCAUGUUAGUUCUUGUUAUUUUUGCCAAUAUUUUAAGUUUUUAUAAAUGUUAUAAUUUAUUGUUUUAUAGAUGAAUUAUAAAAUUAAAGUGGACAAUGACCUAAUAAGGGAGGAAACAUGUAAUAUAAGUUUAAAUCCAAAUUUAUGAGUUACUAUAAAAUUGGUUAACUUCCAUCAUUUUCUCGUGUCUUGGAAUAUUUUAUAUUGUCAUGAAAUAUUGGGCAUUUCUCCCCCACUUUUCUCUACAUAAAGAGGUCUUUAAAAAGCUUUUUAAUGGGUAGAGGUGGGAGGAGUAAGAAUGUUAUGAUUCUAGAUGAAAAAUAUUAUAUUCUGGUUGAUUUUUAAAUCCAAAGAAGGUCAAACUCAGCAGUAGUUGGGUAAUGAAGCACUAUUGAAAUUAUACUUGCAUUUGUGCCAGCUUCCUGGCACACAGUGUUCUUUAAUCCAAGUUAUCAUAUUGUAUUUGAAGAGCUGGAGAACUCUCAGAAAGGGUAAUGGCACAUAAAUAAAUGAAUUUUUUUUAAAUGGAAAGAUUUGA